AUGAAAGACUACUUGAUCCUACUUGCCCAGGUAUACCCGGAAUUUAGGCUAGCUGAGCUUGAGGCUCUCGCUGAUUUGCAUGGAAUACAAGUGGAUUUGUCCCAACACGACCCAACCAGACCGUUUCUCAAAGUUCAAUUAAAAGAUGACCUGGAUGCCCGUUCACUUAUACUGAGAGCCGUAUUAUCGAAAGCAAUAUACGAGGUUUGGGGUGAAGGUGACAAUUACGACAACCUACAUCAAAACGUUAAAGAGGAGAGUAGAGAUAGAUUUGACUUAUACAAGAGGUCCACUUUCAGGUUUGAUUUUGAAGGCUACAAAGGUCGGCAAAGCUCUAAAGCCAAAAGAGCAAUUAUAGAGUCGUUUGCAUAUUUGGAUCUUGAAGGGGCCGUUGAUUUGAAAAAGCCUCAAGAGUGUUUCACUGUACUAGAGGAAUACGAGGUCUUCGGUAUGGAAAAAGCAAACAAACCGAAAUAUAUUUGGUUCGGACGUCUUGUUUCCUUGACAGAAAGAACGGAUAAGAAUGUGGUUGAAACAUACGAUUUGAAAAAGAGAGGGUACAUAGGAACAACCUCGUUUGAUGCGGAAUUAUCAUUGGUAACCUGCAAUUUGGCGCAUGUAAAUGUUGGCCAAACGGUUUAUGAUCCUUUUGCUGGAACUGGAUCCUUCUUGGUAACUGCCGCUCACUUUGGCGCAUUGACAAUUGGCUCCGAUAUCGAUGUUAGAAUGCUUGCGGGAAACGGUCCACACCAAAAUGUCAAGUCCAAUUUCAAGGACUACGGUACCUACUCCAACUUUAUUGAUGUUUUGACUAUGGACUUUACACAUAAUGCAUUGAGAAAAGGAGGAUUUGGUAUUGACACAAUAGUCUGUGAUCCUCCUUACGGCGUGCGAGAAGGGCUUCGAGUCCUUGGUGCCAAGAACGAGGAAAAAGCAGCAGGGAGGGAAAAGAAUGUUGUAGAUGGCGAAAUCGCCCAUCUCAGACGGGACUUUGUUCCACCAAAGAAGCCGUAUGAGCUCUCAGAUAUGUUGAAUGAUCUUUUGCUGUUUGCGGGAGAAAGAUUACCCGUUGGUGGGAAGUUGGCAUUCUGGAUGCCUACAGCCAACGACGACUUUUCGGAAACAAUUAUACCCCAACAUGAGCGUCUCAAAUUACAAUUCAACCUUGAGCAGGAGUUCCACAAGUGGUCGCGAAGACUUUUGGUUUAUGUCAAGAUGGAUGAGCUCGAUUCCAACGGCUCAACCAUAUCUUCAAUUACAACUACAAUCAUGACUCCGCCAACUAUGUUACAAACUGCUCCAGCAGAGGCUUUCCAUUUGACUCCUUCUGCAAAGAGCCAAAUCAACUUGAAAUCCAAUGCAGCAAAUGGUGAUGUCAAAUUCGCUGACUGGGAAAAGUUCCAAUUUGCUCCAAUCAGAGAGUCGACUGUUUCUAGAGCAAUGACCAAGAGAUACUUUGCUGACUUGGACAAGUACACAGAAUCGGAUGUUGUUAUUGUCGGUGCUGGAUCCGCUGGCUUAUCUGCGGCUUAUGUCUUGGCCAAGAAUAGGCCAGACUUGAAGAUCGCUAUCAUCGAAGCAUCAGUUUCCCCAGGAGGUGGCUGUUGGUUGGGUGGUCAAUUGUUCUCGGCCAUGGUGUUGAGAAAGCCUGCUGACCAAUUCUUGGACAACUUGGGUGUUGCCUACGAAGAUGAGGGUGAUUACGUUGUUGUCAAACAUGCUGCUUUAUUCAUGUCCACUUUGCUCUCAAAGGUUUUGCAAUUCCCCAACGUUAAAUUGUUCAAUGCCACUGCCGUGGAAGAUUUGAUUACAAGACGUGAUGACACCACCGGUGAGUUGAGAAUUGCUGGUGUUGUUACCAACUGGACUUUGGUCGCUUUGAACCAUGACACCCAAUCGUGUAUGGAUCCAAACACUAUCAAUUGUAAUGUUGUCUUGUCGACUACUGGACAUGAUGGUCCUUUCGGAGCUUUCUCUGCCAAGAGAUUGGAGGAGUUGGGAAAAGCUCCAAAGGAUAUCACCGCUGGUUUCAAACCAAGUGAGGAAAGAAAGCCAGCACAAGCUGCCAACUCUGCCUCUGGAUUUGAGUUGGGAGGUAUGAGAGGUCUUGACAUGAACAAGGCAGAGGAUGCUAUCGUUAAAGGUACUAGAGAGAUUGUACCAGGUUUGGUUAUUGCUGGUAUGGAGUUGGCAGAAGUUGAUGGUUCCAACAGAAUGGGACCUACAUUUGGUGCCAUGGCUCUCCUGGGUGUCAAGGCUGCCGAGUCUGUUUUGAAUGCAAUUGACCUCAGACAAAAGCAAAAUGAAACCUGCUACGGAGGUUUGAAAGCUUAA